UCUUUUUAAAAGCCAUUUUCGUAAAUAUUUAUAAUAUGUUUUACCGUUUUUCAGGUUGAUGAUCACUGAAGUCGUUCUUUCUUCACCAAAAUCUAAAGUUGACGAAUAAAGAUGUGGACUUUUCCAAAAUUUUGUGUUGUCAGCUAAAUGAGAAAAAGCCAUCAAGAGGUAUUCAUUUCUUGCUUAUGAGUCUCCCCAGAGAAGAAAGAAUAAUAGGAAACACACUGAUGUACUCUAUUGUUUUUACGAAAAGAAAACAGUUUACUCAGAAAUUACCUUUAAAAAACAGCACAUUCAGAAAAACUAAAGAUGCCCGAGAGAAAUGUAUCGUUUAUUACUGGUGACAGUAAUGAUGGUAAUGAAUAUAUAGUGAAACCCACCUGGGAGAUGGUGUUGACGGUGGUGUCUCUGAGUCUUAUCAUCAUCUUCACCAUCGUCGGCAACGUCUUCGUCAUCCUCUCUGUCUUCACGUAUCGUCCGCUGAGAAUAGUACAGAACUUCUUCAUCGUGUCCUUGGCUGUGGCUGACUUGACAGUGGCAGUGUUUGUGCUGCCAUUAAAUGUCACCUACAGCAUCAUCGGCAAGUGGAUAAUGGGGAGGUACCUGUGCGAGAUGUGGCUCACUUUCGACGUUAUGUGCUGCACAGCAUCCAUCCUUAACCUGUGCGCCAUCGCCCUGGACCGCUACUGGGCCAUCACAGACCCCAUCAACUACGCCCAGAAGCGCACGCUGAAGCGUGUGCUGAUCAUGAUCGCUCUGGUGUGGACCAUCAGCCUCGUUAUAUCCAUUCCACCUCUCUUAGGCUGGAAUGACUGGCCGGAUGAAUUUACCAAAGAAACCCCGUGUGCCCUUACACAGGAGGAAGGAUUCGUCGUUUUUUCUUCAUUUAUAUCAUUUUACUGUCCUCUGAUCUUUAUGUUUGUAAUGUACAUAAAGAUAUUCACGGCCACAAGGCAGAGACUCAGAGAACGAGCCAAGGCCACCAAGAUUAAAAAGUUGAUAUCUGGAAGAAACGAGAGAGUUACCACACUCAUACAUUCUGAAUCAAAGAUACACGGACACAGCAGCAGCCUCAGCAGGAGUGCAACACCUUGUUCAACAGUGUGUCAGUAUGAAGUUGAAACAUCACUCAGUGAACAGGAAAAAUCUUGUCAGGUUAACAAUAACGCUCCCACCAGCGGCUCUGCUGAAGCCACGAACCGUAAGAGCACUGGCAGCAUUAUCAGGAAGUUCAUCGCUGACAAACAGAGAAUAUCACUGACCAAGGAGCGCCGUCUGGUGCGUACUCUCACCAUCAUUAUGGGUUCCUUCGUCGUCUGCUGGCUUCCAUUCUUCCUCAUGUACAUUAUCCUUCCCUUCUGUCCAAAGUGCACCGUCCCCAGCGUAAAAGUCACCGACACAAUAGAAUGGUUGGGCUACGUCAACUCUGCAUUGAACCCCGUCAUCUACACUGUCUUUAACAAAGACUUCAGAACAGCUUUUUUCAGUAUAGUAAAGUGCCAACCGCAUAUACUGUCUACUUAGUAAUUAAACAUAAUGAUCAGAUACACGGCUUACUUUCUUUUAGGAUAUGAACCGUUUGGUUAGGUUAAGUGCAAAAGUCUGUCAACUUCACGAGGACUGUUAAGACUGCACAUCACUUUUUAGACGGGUUGUGAGGUGUUAUAUAUUCUUUUCUUUUAUGUAAAAUGGAAGGAUUAGGUAGGAUCGAGCCACCGUCCCACUGUACUGAUUGUUGUCACAAACACUGCACACUUUAUGGUCACAAACACUGCACUGUUUUUGGUCACAAACAUUGCACUGUUUGUGGUCACAAACACAGAGUCCACCAGACAGUUGUCACGAAAAGAGUUUAACACAAUUAUGGAUACCUCUGAUGCCUGACAAUGUUCCUGUGUCCCUGAUGGAAGUGUAAGCUUGCAUUUGGAAUUGUGUAAUACGGGAUUUCUCAAACAGUGCAGCCAGGGUACGUAAUAAUCUUUUAUUAGCACUAUAUUUCUCUGUGUAGACCUUCAUCAAGUCAUGACUAAUAAUGCUGUGCACAAAGCUAAAAGUUGUUUUAAUAAAAGUUCGUUCUACAACCCGUGGCUGACCUUCACUAUGGCCGACAGUUCUCCACAUCAGUCCAACAGUAUGAACGUCCAACAGCAUCAUUGUAGAUUCAGCAAGAGUUCUGUGAAAAACUUUUUAAUGCCCAUAUGUAGUGUUCAUCUUGUAUUGUGAAAUUUAUGUUAGAUAAAAUUGUCGUUUUAAUUAUAUAUUCAGGGUGUUUUAAAUCAAUGCUUUGAAACUGGGUCAAUUUUGAA